CUGGCCUUCCUUGGCCUGGGGAACAUCACGGAAAAGGACAUCCCCCACCGCACGAAGCUGACAGAGCUGAUCUUCGCCCGCUUCCGCGAGAAGUGCGAGAUUAUGGCCGAUGAUUUGCGUAACGCGACGGGCCGUAUCUCCUUCACGAUGGACAUUUGGUCGCGCGGCAAUCUCCAGCCGUAUAUGGCCGUCACGGCGCACUACAUGACGCGGGACGACACC